CAUCCACGCCAAGCUGGAGACCAGGGACUUGUCCUUCGUGGUAUUUGCCAGCCAACAGACACAUGAGGGGGUCAAGCUGACCAACGUCACCGCGUCUGUCCUCCGCCUCAAGGGAACGGUCAGUGGACCCGAUACUUUUAGCUGUGUGUUUGAAGCGGAUGAGCUGGUAGACCUGGGUGUAGUGGAGGCCAACGUUCGUAACUCCAUCAUCCUGGCCAAGACGACCUUCACCGUCACCCACCUGCUCAUGCCCGGCGACCUUCACACCCUGCCGCAGGACAAAGGUCAAGGUCCCGAGGGAGGAGCAGGUCAGGGUCAGAGUGACUGUAGCUAUGUUUCGAUUGCUUUAGUGUAA